AUGAACAAAUUAGGAAUAACGAUUAGGGGUAUUUCAAAGAUUGAAGUAGAAAGCACAAAUAAGAAUAAUAAGUUAGAGUUAUUAAUAAAUGAAUUUGAAGAAUUGUUUGAGGAAAAAAUUGGUAAGUAUAAAUAUGAAAAAGUGACGUUAAAAGUUAAAGAGGAAUGUACACCUAUAUUUUGUAAGCCGAGACCAAUACCUUUCGCUUUUAAAAAAAAAGUUAAGGAUGAGUUGGAUAGAUUAGAAAGGGAAGAGAUAAUACAGAAAGUGGAGACUAGUGAAUGGGGUACUCCUCUUGUACCGGUUAUUAAACCAGAUGGAUCUAUUCGUUUAUGUGCAGAUUAUAAGACUACUGUUAAUAAAUAUUUGGUAGAUAUUAACCAUCCUAGUUUUAGAGGACAUAAAAUUGGAUCAGAAGGUAUUGAAAGAGAUAAAAAUAAAGUUAAAGCAAUGCUUAAUGCUGUAGAGCCUAAAAGUGUCACAGAAGUAAAAGCAUUUACAGGUAUGGUGAACUACUAUGCUAAAUUUAUACCAAAUUUAUCAACCUUACGAGGUCCUAUUUACAAUUUGUUAAAAAAAAGAAAUUUAAGUGUUUUAUUGUCUUGCGAUGCGUCGGAGUAUGGUAUAGGAGCAGUGUUAAUGCAUAUUUUUGAAAAUGGAGAAAGGCGACCAGUGGGGUAUGCAUCAAGAAUCCUAACCGUGGCUGAAAAAAAAUACUCGGUAAUACAAAAAGAGGCUUUAGCUGUUUUCUGGGGUGUAAAGAAAUUUUCUCAAUAUCUUUCGGGCAGAAAAUUCUUUUUAGAGACUGACCAUAAACCUCUGUUAGCUUUGUAUGGUGAAAAUAAAGGUAUUCCUGUUAUGGCCUCUGGGAGAAUUCAAAGAUGGACAUUAUAUUUAUCUGAGUUUGAUUAUCAAGUAUUACAUGUUAAAGGUAAUAAUAAUAAAAUGGCAGAUGGACUUUCGAGAUUACCUGAUAAAGAUGAUGUACAAACUCAAACAAACGAAACUGAUUAUGUUGAUUUUAUGGAAAAUACUAUGCCUAUUGAUUAUGAGAUACUUAAAGUGGAAACUAAAAAAGAUAAAGAGUUUAAUUUAGUUAUUAAAUAUUUGAAUGAAGGUUGGCCGAUAAAAGUAAGUGAGGAACUGAAACCUUAUGCAAUUAGAAAGGAAGAAAUUUGUAUUGAUAAAGAUAUAUUAAUGUGGGGUUAUAGAAUAUUAAUUCCUAAAAUUCUGAGAAAGAAUUUAUUGAAAGAAGUACAUUCAACUCACAUGGGUAUGUCUAAAAUGAAGACAUUGUGUAGAUCAUACAUGUGGUGGCCUGGAUUAGAUAAGGAUAUAGAAAAUUGGGUACAAAGUUGUGAUGCUUGUUUACAAAGUAGAUCAGAACCAAUUUUAGCAGAACCAAAAAAGUGGGAGGAAGCGAAUUGUCCGAUGGACAGAGUACAUAUAGAUUUUUCUAUUUUUACAAGGUAA